GGUUUUUUGCAACACAACAAAAAGCUGUGAUUGGACAUCGUAUUUUCUUGAGGAACGGGGAGUACCACAAAUACGACUGAAUGGAAACAUGACUAAAAAGGAACGAAGGUUGCAUCUUGAAAAUUUUAAAACAACAGAAACACCUAUUCUUGUGUGUACUAAUGUUGCUUCGAGAGGACUGGAUACCACUAAUGUUAAUCAUGUGAUCAACUUUGACUUUCCUGUGAGUGUAGUGGAUUAUGUGCAUCGUCUUGGGCGGACAGGAAGGCUUGGGAUGAAGUCGAACGCCUCACCAAGGGUGACCAGUUUUCUAAGCCACAAUCGAGAAAUUAUCAUCAUGGAACAGAUCAAGAAAGCAAUGCAACAUAAAUCACCUUUGGAAGAUGCUAGUCUCUGGCAGAUGAAAAGCAAUCAGAAUAACAGGAGCAAACACAGAAAUCCAAUAAAUGACCGCAAUCAACAUCAUAAAAAACAGCGAAAUAAUAUACAAUAAAAUAGAUUUAUUUUGCUAUAGUU